AUGUUGGUGGCAUCAGCACCGACUGUCGAAACGGCAGAACCUGAGAGACAACAUGAAGACCUGGAACAUGUACAGACCUUGCAACCUUUACGGACCUUGGAACCUUUACGGACCUUGGAACCUGUACAGACCAUGGAGCCUUUACAGACCUUGGAGCCUUUACAGCUGUUGCAGCCUUUGGAAGAUCAGACAAUGUCAACAGAAGACAUGGAGCUAACCGAAGCUGCAUCCGACUCCGGUCUCCAAGACCUGGCUCCUGUAGAGAGGCUGAUGAUCACCAAGAAGGUGGCCAUGAAACAGCUCCUGUCGCUGCAGAGCCAGCGGAGCCGGUACCUCAUCAGGGCGGCUGACAGCGCGCUCGCCUACUCCGUGCUGGAGGAAAACACGUCAGUACUUCUAAAGAAGAGACGCCUUCCACAUAGAUUUUCCUGGUGGCUGGGCUUCCUCUGCUACGGCCUGCGGCCCUGCCAGCUCAAGAUCUUCAACAAGGUCGGAGACGAGAUCAUCAGGAUCCUGCGGCCCUUCGCCUUCACCACGAGGGUCACCCCGUGCCAGCUGCAGCGGAUGGAGGUGUACUCUCCUCCAGACAAAUUAAUCGGCACCAUCGAGCAAAUUUGGACCCCCGUGAAGCCGUGCUACUCCAUCAAGGGUCCCGAUGGAGAGGACCUCUUCUCCGUGCAAGGACCAUCAAACACCCUGGGCAUCUACCGCGACCUGCACUUCGAGGUCAUGCGGCCCGCGGGCGACCGCGUUGGUAGCACCUGGAAACGCUGGAGGGGGCUCGCGCAUGCGCUAUUCCGCUCCCCCACACUAGACAAGUUUGGGCUGGCGUUCCAGAAAGACCUCUCGGUGGAAGAGAAAGCGCUGCUCCUGGCCAGCUCCCUGCUCAUCGACUACAUGUACUACGACACAUAA